AUGCAAGAAAACAAAGAGUGUCAUAAGCGCUACAGGUGCCAAACAACAAAGGAGAAGCAGCAUGAGCAGAUACCCCCGGAGGUCCAUACUGGAGAAAAGCCACAUCAGUGCUCUCAGUGUGGAAAGGCAUUUGCUCACAUGUCUCAUCUCAAAAGACACCAGCUGACCCACACUGGGGAGAAAACACAUCAGUGUUCUCAGUGUAAAAAAAGAUUUAGUCAAAAGUCUGAUCUCAAGAAGCAUGAAAUGAUCCAUACAGGAGAAAAGCCACAUCAGUGUUGUCAGUGUGGAAAGGCAUUCACUCAAAAGUCUAAACUCAAGAAGCAUGAAAAGAUCCAUACUAGAGAAAAGCCACAUCAGUGCUCUCAGUGUGGAAAGGCAUUUGCUCACAUGUCUUAUCUCAAAAGACACCACCUGAUCCACACUGGGGAGAAAACACAUCAGUGUUCUCAGUGUAAAAAAAGAUUUAGUCAAAAGUCUGAUCUCAAGAAGCAUGAAAUGAUCCAUACAGGAGAAAAGCCACAUCAGUGUUGUCAGUGUGGAAAGGCAUUCACUCAAAAGUCUAAACUCAAGAAGCAUGAAAAGAUCCAUACUGGAGAAAAGCCACAUCAGUGCUCUCAGUGUGGAAAGGCAUUUGCUCACAUGUCUCAUCUCAAAAGACACCAGCUGACCCACACUGGGGAGAAAACACAUCAGUGUUCUCAGGGUAAAAAAAGAUUUAGUCAAAAGUCUGAUCUCAAGAAGCAUGAAAUGAUCCAUACAGGAGAAAAGCCACAUCAGUGUUGUCAGUGUGGAAAGGCAUUCACUCAAAAGUCUAAACUCAAGAAGCAUGAAAAGAUCCAUACUAGAGAAAAGCCACAUCAGUGCUCUCAGUGUGGAAAGGCAUUUGCUCACAUGUCUUAUCUCAAAAGACACCACCUGAUCCACACUGGGGAGAAAACACAUCAGUGUUCUCAGUGUAAAAAAAGAUUUAGUCAAAAGUCUGAUCUCAAGAAGCAUGAAAUGAUCCAUACAGGAGAAAAGCCACAUCAGUGUUCUCAAUGUGAAAAAAGAUUUAGUCAAAAGUCUGAUCUCAAGGCACAUCAAAGGAUCCAUACUGGAGAAAAGCCACAUCAGUGUCCUCAGUGUGGAAAAUCCUUUGCUCAAAAAUAUAAUCUUAAGCUACAUCAGAUGAUCCAUACUGGAGUAAAGCCACAUCAGUGUCCUCAAUGUGGAAAAGCCUUUAAUCAGAAGAGCAACCUAAAGCAACACCAAACAAAAAAUACAACAUGUGGGAAAAGGCCUUUUGUCCAAAGUCUAAACUGA